AUGGUUGAUUGCAACGGCACAUUCAUGAGUACAUUGAGACCGAACUCUAGUGGAAGUCAGUUCGAGCCCCUUCUCGUAAAGGGUAAUGACGAUAUAUCACUCAGCGUUGCUCUACCCUCUCGACUGAGGGCUUAUUCUGUUCCAAAUCCCUCGCCAAUAUCCGGGUGGCGUAUAGUGGUCAAAGACAAUACUCAUAUCAAGGGCAUCAAGUCCUCUGUUGGCAAUCGCGCGUUCUACGAUACAUAUGGCCCACAACAAGAGACAGCUACUUGCAUACAACGUCUAGUUGAGCAAGGUGCCGUUGUUCUAGGGAAACCCAAGAUGACUUCCUUCGGGAACUGGGAGGAGCCGGUUGAAUACGUAGAUUACCAGGCCCCAUGGAAUGCUCGAGCAGAUGGUUAUCAGUCUCCUGGGGGAAGCAGUUCAGGAAGUGCAUCUGCCAUAUCUGCUUAUGACCGGGUUGAUAUUGCGCUUGGGACUGACAGUAAGGAUCUGGAUCUCUUUCAUAACCACGCCGGGGAAAAGGCUGAUAUAUUCAAGCUUGGGGAAGUAUCACCCGCCGAGCGCUUUAGUGUGGAUGCUUUGGACUCCGCCCUAGUCUGGGUGCAGUCUCUAAAGCAGGAGUUGAACCUUAUAACUCUUAGGUUGGAACCCUGGGAUAUCUCAGUUGAGGAUGCCUGGAGAGAUCAGCCCCCAGAUGAGGCAGGUGGUCUUCCACUUGCUGAUUUCAUCAAUCCAGCCACCGCUAGCUUGGCAUGUGAUGUUUAUCAUAACUCAUCCGAUUUUCGGGAGCAACACAGGAAGAAGUUUAAGCGUGAGCCGUUCACGACAUUUCCUAAUAGACGAUUAUGGGAGGUUGGUAAAACAAUUUCUGAAGAAGAGCGUGAUAGUGGAUUCAAGGACAUUGAAGCCUACGCACGUUGGUUCAACGAAAUCAUUCUGAAGGAAAGCCGAGCCAAUGCACUCAUGAUCCUCCCUCUAGAAAGCAUGUGUCCUAGAUACCGUGAUGAGGCUCCAAGUUUUGAGCGCCCGCCACAGCAGGGUAUCAAUACUCUUGCUUUAGCCCCUGUGCUAAAAGCACCAGCGCUUGCUGUACCCAUUGCGGAGAUUUCCUAUAAAUCGAGGAUUUCGCAGAUCACGGAAAGACUUCCCUUUGCCGUUUGCAUUGUGUCCCCUCCAGGAACCGAUCUUGUUCUUCUAGACUGUGUCAGAGAUGUUCUCAUUGCUAGUGGUCGGCCGACUGUAGUGAAAACGGGUCAAUCCAUGAUUUAA